UGCUUCCGGAUUUUAUAAAGUAGCCGAAAACGGAUGUCUCCUACUCCCUGCUGUUGUGCUGCUUGAAUCGUUUAUGUGGCGGUAACUUUUACUUUCGGUAACGCAGUAAUGUUUUUAAGUGAAGACAUGAACAAAAGUCGGUGUCUCGAUAGACUGUUUGUCGUUGUAGCUGUAUCCUCGACAUAAUUGCUUUAGCUCGUCUUCAGGUGGGCUGGAGCUGCUGUUUAGUUGGUCCUCUGCACAUAUGGACAAAAUGCUGUUUUUACUGCUGCUGUGCUACCUGUCACUGCCUGCUCGGUGUCAGGAGGCAGACGACGACUGGCUCGAUCCUUACGACAUGCUCAACUACGAUUCCAGCACCAAAACGAUGAAGAAACCUCCCGAGCCAACAACCUUUACCAAUGUGGCCACCAAAAGAAGAGAGUACGUCCAGGACCAGAACCAGGCUGAGCUGACAGCCUGUAGUCACCAGGUGGAGGAUCUGCAGAGACAGAUUGAGGACCAGAAGAAGGCGAUGGCCCUCAUGUCACAACAACCUACCUGCAACCCAGUGUUCAAACGGUUCCUCAGCAGGCUGUUGAAGGGGAUACAAAGACUCGGUGUGCCAACUGACUCGUCGGAUGUCUUCUAUGAUGCCAAAAUCAAGCUGUCCAAACAAGCCAUGACUGAAAUUCAGUCACUUCUGGAGGGCGAGGAUCGAUGGAGAACAGGAGCUCUGGACAAUGCACUCAGUCAGAUUUUGGUGGACUUUAAACAACAUGAUUAUGAAGCUUGGAAGUGGCGUUUUGAAGACACCUUUGGUGUGGAGCUGGAUACAGUAUUAAAGAUCAUGAUACUUGUUCUCAUUAUAUCAACCAUAAUAUGCACCCAGCUGUGGUCAGCUGUCUCCUGGUUAGUCCAGUUCAGGAGGAUGUUUGCUGUUUGCUUCUUUGUCAGUAUUAUCUGGAACUGGUUCUAUCUGUACCAGACUGCUUUCGCUAAGCACCAGAACGACAUAGUACGGAUGGAAAACGUCAAUGAAAAAUGCACCGGAGUGAAGAAAAUUGACUGGAGGGAUAAUCUAAAAGAGUGGUUCAGAACCACCUGGACUCUGCAAGAUGACCCCUGCAAAAAAUACUAUGAAGUCCUCAUGGUUAACCCCCUCCUGCUGGUGCCUCCAACCAAGGCUAUUUCAGUCACCAUCACAACCUUCAUCACAGAGCCGCUGAAGCAUUUUGGGCAGGGAAUCAGUGAGUUCCUCAGGGAACUCCUCAAAGAUCUUCCAGUUACCCUGCAGAUCCCAGUCCUCUUAACUAUUGGGCUUUGUAUUUUGGUGGUCAUGUAUGGAAGUGUGCACGCAGCCUUUCAGCAUGGCAUCAUGGCGCCUUUUCGCCGCCCUCGAAGGGAUCCACCUCCUGCAGGGCUGGAGCAUAACCAGCGGCCUCCUCCCAGGAUUGAGAACCUUGACUACCUGGCUGGUGGAGACGCACCUGCUCAUGCACCUCCACUUGCAAUUGCUCAACAGCCCAUCCCACGGCAGCAAGGUAAUGACGCGAGGUCGGACAGGAACAACAUUCACCGCAGACGACCCAACAGGGUCAAGGAGGAAAGAGCACCAGUCGGUGUGGAGACUCUAAAAGCUGCAGACCCUCGGUUCAGCGAGGAUGAACUAGAUGGUGAGCAGCAUGAGGAAAGCCUUGAAGUGGAGAACACUAAUGCUAACGCGGGGUCUGAAGACCAGCAGGAGACCCGGGAGGAGGUAGAAAAAGAAAAUGCUGCUGCUAAAAAAGACCAACCAAAAAAUCAACAAACUGAUUCAAAUUCAUCACAAGCAAAGAAGAAACAGAUACAAACAAAGCAGAACGGUUCUAAAGAAGAACUCAGAAGAGACGUUACAAUAGAGCCACCCCAACCAGCAGACAUACAGACUGAUGUCCAGUGCCAUGCUGGCACAAACAGGAGGCUGAAUAAUAACCUGCAACAUAAACUGGACCCAGGAGCCUCAGGAGAAGAACAGAACCACUCGAUAUCACUGACAGGAAUAGAGACGGUUGGAGUUCCUGUUCAGGAGACGAAUCCAGCAGCAGAAUGAAUACUGUUGAUCAAAACAGCAAGUUUUUUACCCGUCAGUGACUGGUGCUAUUUGGUCUUAGAGCAAAUGGCUUUUAAAUGUUGAACUGUAGAUAUUUAUUCAGCCGUGUAGUUCAUUUUCUGCUUUGUGCUCACAUUUGUUGCACGACUUCUUGUUUCUUUGUAUGGUUUUACUUUGUCUUUUAAGGUAAAAAGAGUAAAGCACUGAGUUACACAGAAGCCUUUCUUCAACACCAUCAGGAUGACGGGAAUUUCAAAGCUGCGCUGUUGAUCACAGUUUUACAUGUGGAUAAGAAUGAGGCCACUAAAGUUUAAUUAAGGCUAAUAUCAGACUUAAAUUUUUAAUUGAACCUCCAAAUAAAUGUUUUUUUUUAAUUGAUGAACCAUGUCUUUAUGCAAAUAAAAUUAAUAUUUUUGGAUGUGUAUUGUAUUUGAAGGCUCAAAUGGUGAUAUUGUACCAAGCUGCUUUUACUGAUUAAAAGUAUGAAGC